AAUGAAUACAAUCUUGUUUCUUUAUGCAGGGAAACCAGUAGAAAGCAAAGACACUAGAUUUGGUAUAGGCAAGAAUGCUCUGAACCUCAACAACAAUAUUCUAGGAUCUGCCUUACCCACUAUAGGAAAAGACAGUUAUUCCGUUGGUGGAGAAAAAAUAGUUGCACCCGAUUUCACCACUUUCUUCUUAGAGAGAGAUCUUCACUCGGGAAAGAAAAUGAAGCUCUACUUUCCCAAGACCACAAACCAGGCCAAGUUCUUGCCUAGCGACGUUGCCAACACAAUACCCUUUUCGACCAAAAAGUUCCUCGAAAUCCUAAACCACUUCUCGGUGAAAUCCGAAUCGGUAGAAGCGAAAAUUAUGAAAGAAACGAUCGAAGACUGCGAGGAACCGAGCGUGAAAGGGGAGGCCAAGUACUGCGCCACGUCGCUUCGGUCGCUGAUUGAUUUCAGCGUUUCGAAGCUUGGAAGAAACGUCGAGGUGUUCGCAACGGAAGUCGAAAAGGAGGCGAAGAUGGAUUUUGUUAUUGGUGAAAAGGGUGUGCAAAAGAUUGGUGAAAAAUCCGUGGUUUGCCACAAGCAGAACUACGUGUAUGCCGUGUUCUACUGCCAUGAAGUUCAUGCGACGAGGGCUUACGCGGUUUCGCUCGUUGCGGCCGACGGGACGAAGGCGAAAGCGGUGGCCGUUUGCCACACUGAUACUAGGUUUUGGAGCGCUCAACAUUUUGCGUUUCAGGUUCUCAAAGUGAAGCCCGGAACAGUGCCUAUUUGUCAUUUCCUUCCAAAGGACAACCUUGUGUGGCUCCCAAAAUGAGAGAUGUAGUAACAUGCGUGUUCUUAAAGUUAGACAUGUUAAUUACUGUCUUGUAUCGUUAAAGUUAAGGUUUUGUGGCCCUCCUACAUAGUACUGCAUGCUUGUCGUCUUUGUUUUGUUUGUUUGUUUGUUUUUUCUUUUUUUGGCUGAAGAUUGUAGUACUACUUGUCUGUAUUUUAGUCUAGCUACUAUCAUCUAGUUAAGCUAAUCAGAAGCUGUGUGUGGCUUUAAUAAUAUGUUUAAUGUUAUGUUAUCUAUAUAUAGUGUACUUCUCCGGCUAGAA